AUGGAUCUUCGCGUCGACAUCGUCGAGACGAGGCUCUGCCUGGACCAUCGCAGGAGGCCACCAGGUAAGUUCCCCCUCAGGUAAGUGCAUUUGCUCUGUUUCUUCCUUUUGUCUGCUAAAGUUCCGUGUCGUAUGCUGCUCUUGCUGCCUGCCCCUGUAUGCUAGUCUGUCCGCUUAUAGCUAGACGAAACCCUCGCUGCCUGCUGCGAUUGUCUGUCCGUCAGUCUAUGCCACUCUCUAUUAAUAGCUAGGUGUUACGGUGCUCGACUUUGUGUGGUGCCCUCACUUUGUAUCUGACUGAUGACUGUGUCCGCCUGUCCACUCUAGUUCUAAGUCCCAUAGCGUUAGGUUGUGUUUAUGCUCUCUCCUACUUCACUCCAUCACAUCAUCACCACCACCACCAAGGUCCCAGGCUAAUUCGGGUCGUUCUCUCACUAACAAAAAGUCGCGGCCCAUAGUGGAGUCCGGCAGCCGUCUGGGAUAACCGGGCAGCCCUGUUCAGGGAUGCGUUGCCUGCCCUCGCGAGGGGGAGGGGGCUAGAAAAGGUGCCCUAAAGAUCGCUGGGAACCACGCUGUCUGUAGGCUGGCCGUGGCCGGAGACAAAAAACACACGGUCAAAACAGCCAAAACCGAAACAACAGCAACAACAACAAUCACUCUCUUCCUCUUCCAGCCUAUUCUUCUUCUUCUCCUACUCCUACUUUUCGUCGCCGCAGUCGCCAGACUGGCAGGGUGAGCUCGCUCACACUGGCAGCCUGGAAUGUUCGUUCCCUUUUAGAUAAUCCGAGGAGCAACCGACCGGAACGGAGGACGGCGCUAGUGGCACGAGAACUGGCGCGCUACAAGGUGGACAUCGCCGCACUCAGCGAGACCCGAUUCUCCGAACUAGGCCAACUGGAGGAGGUGGGUGCCGGCUACACGUUCUUCUGGAGCGGUCGACCCAGGGCAGAGCGACGUGACGCGGGUGUCGCCUUUGCCAUCCGGACCGACAUCGUGGGACGACUGCCCUGUCUGCCGCAGGGCAUCAACGAUCGCCUGAUGAGUCUCCGCCUGCCUCUCCGGCGAGGAGGCAAAUUCGCCACCAUCAUCAGCGCCUACGCUCCGCCGAUGAGCAGCCCCGACGCCGCCGCAAGAGACAAAUCUACGAGGACCUGCACGUCCUCUUGGCGACUGUGUCGAAGGCGGACAAGUUGAUUGUCCUUGGCGACUUCAACGCCCGCGUCGGCACAGACCAUACUGCCUGGAGAGGAGUGCUGGGUCCUCACGGUCUCCGCGGGUCCAACGACAACGGCCUGCUUCUCCUCCGCACCUGCGCAGAACACCUCCUCAUCCUGACGAACACCUUCUUCUGUCUGCCGGAGCGAGAGAAGGCCACCUGGAGGCAUCCUCGGUCGCGCCAGCGGCACCUGCUGGACUAUGUCCUCGUCCGGAGGCGAGAUCAGCGGGACGUGCUGGUGACGAAGGCGAUCGCGGGUGCUGACGGGUGGACCGACCAUCGCCUCGUCAUCUCAAAGAUGCGUAUUCGCCUACAGCCUCGCAGGAGACCACAAGGUAAGCGACCCCCAGGUAAGCUGAAUGUUGCUUUGUUGUCUUUGCCCGCUCAUCAUCUUCAUUUCAGCAAUGAGCUAGCUCAACGGCUAGACAACCUCCCCAUCGCCGAUGCCGCCGCUGCCGAGAACGCCUCCGUGGAGAACCGCUGGUGUCAACUGCGAGAAACGGUCCAGUCGACGGCGCUCGCCGUCCUCGGUCGCGCUCCCCGCCAACACCAGGAUUGGUUCGACGACAACGACGCCGCCAUCAGAAAUCUGCUUGCUGGGAAGAACCGCCUACACAAAGCCUACUUAGAUCACCCCACUGAGGACAACAAAGCUGCCUUCUACCGCAGUCGCCGACAGCUUCAGCAACGACUGCGCGAGAUGCAGGACGCCUGGACUGCUCGCAAAGCUGAGGAGAUCCAAGGCUACGCGGACCGCAACGAAUGGAAGUACUUCUUCUCCGCGAUCAAAGCUGUCUAUGGUCCGCCGACGAAGGACACUGCUCCUCUCCUCAGCGCCGACGGCAGCACUCUCCUGACUGAGAAGACGCAAAUCCUACAGCGAUGGGCCGAGCAUUUCCAGGGCGUCCUCAGCCGCCCUUCCGUCAUCUCCGACGCCGCCAUCGCCCGCUUGCCGCAAGUGGAGACCAACGUGGAACUCGACCUCCCGCCAUCUCUCCAGGAAACGAUCAGGGCCGUGCAGCAGCUCUCUAGCGGGAAAGCACCCAGAUCGGACGCAAUCCCUGCUAAGGUCUACAAGCACGGAGGUCCCCAACUCAUGGAUCACCUGACUGCGCUCUUCCAGGAGAUGUGGCGCCAAGGUGAAGUCCCGCAAGAUUUCAAGGACGCAACUAUCGUGCACCUAUACAAGCGCAAAGGGAAUCACCAAGUCUGCGACAACCACCGCGGCAUCUCCCUACUGAACAUCGCCGGAAAGAUCUUCGCUCGCAUCCUGCUCAACCGCCUCAACCACCAUCUGGAACAGGGCCUUCUGCCGGAAAGCCAAUGCGGCUUCCGUCGUCAUCGUGGGACCACGGAUAUGAUCUUCGCAGCCCGCCAACUUCAGGAGAAGUGCCAGGAGAUGCGGACCCACCUGUAG